AAACCAGAGGUUACAAGAAAUUUGGAAUAUUGUCUUACCAUAUAGAAAUAAAAGAUAAUACACCCCUUUACGUUAUCUGCUAAAAAUAGUUGACUUGACUGAAUGGGAGUCAUCUGGCCACAGAUCAGAUUUUUGUGAUUUCAGAACCCGUCUACUUCCUAAAGCAGACACAGAAACAGAGCCAUGGAGGAGGACAAUCAAUGCACAAAGCCUCAUGCAAUCUUGGUACCUCUCCCUCUCCAAGGCCAUGUCAUUCCAUUUACCAAUCUGGCAGUGAAGCUUGCUUUAAAUGGUUUCACCAUCACUUUUGUCAACACCCAAUAUAUUCACCACCAGAUAACCAAAUCCCAACCCAACAACAAAACUGAACAAGAUGACAUCUUUGCCGCAGCGCGCAAGUCCGGACUGGACAUACGCUACAAAACAGUGAGUGAUGGUUUUCCACUAGCCUUCAACCGAUUUCAGAACCUUGACCAAUGUCUUGAGGGUCAUUUACAUGUCUACCCUACCCAUGUUGAUGAACUGGUUGGAGAUUUAGUCCAAUCUGACCCCUCAAUCACUUGCUUUAUUGCUGAUACCUUCCACACCUGGCCAGAAACCAUAGCCAACAAGUACAACCUUGUCAACGUUUCCUUUUGGACUGAACCAGCUUUAGUUCUAAGCAUCUACUAUCACUUGGACCUCCUCAAACAAAAUGGUCAUUUUGGUUUUCAUGAUAAACGUGAGGACAACAUCGAUUACAUACCAGGUGUGCAGGCAAUUGAACCAAAAGACUUGAUGUCAUAUCUCCAAGCUGCUGAUUUAUCAUCCCCAAUGCUCAGAAUCAUAUACAAGGCAUUCCAUGAAGUUAAAAGAGCAGAUUUUAUUUUGAUUAAUACAGUGCAAGAACUUGAAUCUGAGACCCUUUCAGCCUUGCACGAGAAGCAGCCCACAUAUGCAAUUGGCCCUGUCUUCCCCAGUAAACCUACUAAGACUAUUGUGGCUACCAAUCUGAUGUCUGAGUUUGACUGUACUCAAUGGCUCAAAACCAAGCCUCAUGGUUCAGUUUUGUUUAUUUCAUUUGGUAGUUAUGCUCAAGUUACUACAAAAGAUAUUGAGGAAAUAGCUCAUGGACUUUUGCUUAGUAAAGUGAGCUUCAUCUGGGUACUUCGCCCUGACACUACAAGUUAUGAAGAAACCAAUAUCCUACCCGUUGGAUUUGACAGUCUUACCUCCAAGAAGCUGAUAGUGCCAUGGUGCUCUCAGAUUAAGGUGCUUUCACAUCCGGCAGUAGGAGGGUUCUUAACGCAUUGUGGAUGGAAUUCCAUACUUGAAAGUAUGUGGUGUGGUGUUCCCAUGCUGUGUUUUCCUCUAUGGACUGACCAAAUCACUAAUAGGAAACUAGUAGUUGAUGAUUGGGGCAUUGGACUGAAUAUUUGUGAUGGGGUAAAGCCCAUCACAAGAGUGGAGGUGGCAGAGAAGAUCAACCAUGUGAUGAGUGAAAAAUUGGGCCAUGGUUUGCAGAAGGAGAUAAAAAAUGUGAGGCAAACAAUGGAGGAUGCAUUGACUUUAAAUGGGUCAUCACAGAAGAAUUUCUUUCAAUUCCUAAGUGAUGUGAAGACCAAAGUUCAGACACGAAACUGACUUCCGCAUUGCUACAAUCUUGUGGUUCUGCUUCAUCAUCUCAUUGUCAUUAAAUCAUCAUUAGCAUAAAACGCUUCAUUAGCAAUGUGAAAUCCAAAAUACACAAGAAUUUGGCAUAUCUGAGGAUCUAUUAUCAUGUUUUAAAUCAAUAUUAUUGAGCUGUGUUCUAGUCUCUGAUGAAAGAA